AUGUUUUACACUUUAUUAUUUUUAUUAUUCGCGACUCUUACAAUCUAUAGUAUAUAUCUGAGAUUUAAUUACAGGGGGAGGUUAAUCGCAAAAAUUCCGGGACCGCCUCGAUGGCCGAUUGUUGGAAAUGGUUUUGAGUUUGCCCUUCCACUGGAUGAAUUAUUCAAGUAUUCGCGAAAGCUGUACUAUAUCUAUGGACCUGUCAUUGGAUUCACCGCUUUUGAUUUGUGUUUCGUCAAUAUUUACGACCCUGAAGACAUAGAGAUAAUACUGUCAAAUAUGAAGUAUAAUGAGAAGCAACAACCAUACACGUUUCUGAAACCUUGGCUCUGCGAGGGCUUACUGACGAGUAAUGGUUCAAAAUGGCAUCAGCGAAGGAAGAUGUUGACAGAAGCGUUUCAUUUCAAUAUACUGAAGAAAUAUGCUAGAACGUUCGAGGAGAAAGCUGAUGCGUUUCUUCAGAAGGUCCAGGCAGAAGUUAAUAAUGAACAAACCGAUUUGAUGUCGUUUAUACCGAGGACGACUCUGCAGAUUAUGUGUGAGACGACUAUGGGUACAUCAAUGAAAGCGGGUAUUGAAACAGUAACGGAAAAGUACUUUGAUUCAAUUCACGCCUUUGGUUCAACAACGGUACAAAGGUUCUGUCGAAUCUGGAUGUUUUUUGAAUGGUCAUUCAAUUUGUCGCAAGCAGCUAAAAUCCAAAAGAAGUUAUUGAAAAAUUUACACGUGUUUACGACACAAAUUAUCCGCGAGAGAAAGGCUUAUUUGGUAAAUAAUCCUCUAGAUGAUACCAUUGAUAUUGACCACGAGACGAGUAAAAAGGGUCGCUUAGCUAUGUUAGAUUUGUUGUUAAAAAACGAAAGUGAUGGCUACAUUGAUAUAGAUGGUAUUAGAGAAGAAGUGGAUACAUUUCUAUUUGAGGGACACGACACAACGGCGAUGGCGCUAAGUUUUAUGAUAAUGCAAUUAGCUAAUGACUCACGAGUACAGAAUAAAUUAUAUCAAGAAAUGGAGGGUAUAUUCCGAAACUCUGCACGUCCCCCUACGGUAGACGAUUUAGCUGAAAUGAAAUAUUUAGACUGCAUCAUCAAGGAAACAUUACGUUUAUACCCGAGUGUUGCCAUGAUCAGCAGACACAUUAAGGAGGAUUUGAAGUUAGCCAGCGGCUACACCAUACCAGGUAACACAACGUGCAAUAUCCACAUUUACGACGUCCACCGUCGAGCUGAUUUGUAUCCAGAGCCUGAGAAGUUUAUCCCCGAGAGAUUCCUUCCGGAGAACAACGAGAAACGCAAUCCGUACGCCUAUAUACCAUUCAGUGCUGGCCCAAGGAAUUGCAUAGGUCAAAAAUUCGCGAUGUUGGAAAUGAAGGCUCUGCUUUCAGGCCUAGUUAGAAGAUUUCGCAUUGAGCCAGUCACUAAAGCAGAUGAAAUUCUAUAUAAAUGUGACUUAGUGUUACGCCCAGUUCAUCCAGUUUACGUACGAUUUAGGAAUAGGAACCAAUCUCUAUGAAAUAGUUCAUUUAUUUUUAUUAAUUAAAUUUUAUAAAAAAAUGCACAUUUAAGGUCAUUUUUUGACUGUUGAAAUAAAGAGGAAAUUCUAUGGGUAUUUAUAACAUUUAUGAAUGUAACUUAAUAGAUAUUUCUUAUUUACCACAACAUCAUUUACACAUUCGUACAAAUAGCGAGCGAAGCGA